AGUGUAGUCACUGAUUUCAGCCGAGAUUGUCCAUGAUGUCAACAUUUCUCAGACGAGAUAGAGACGAUGUACCGAUUGUCCAUGCUGUCAACAUUUCUCAGACGAGAGAGAGACGAUGUACCGGUUUUACACCUCAGUGCAAUACAACCAAACUGCACUGCCAAGAGGACAUCCAAUUUCUGGCUGCCUGUCAGCUCAGACUGGGACACUUUGUGUUCAACAACUGUGGUGGUGCUGCAGUCAACAUUGAAUCCAGAAGCUCCAGAAUUUCAAAGGUAUGGAAAAGGCAUAUCCAGUGGAUCAGCAUCACUCAUAAAUCUUCAUGCACAAGGGUCAGUUGAAAAUUUUUGUGGAAAAGUAUUUAGUUUGGCUGUGUUCCAAAGUAGAAUGUGAAGUUAUGUAAUCAUUUUACAUAUAGACAUUUGACUGGCUGCUGUGUUUCUAUAAUACUAGCAUACACAGACAGCUGCCCAGUUAUGAAAUAUGUAUAGUAAUUGAAUAUAAUUCAUACAUCACUUCCUCCACCCUUUCCCCUCAGUCCUCUUUCCCUUCUCUCUCCUUCAUCUCAUCCUUUCAACUG